AAAUUGAUAUAAUUAUCAUUUAUGAAUAUUAAAUGCGACGAUACACUAGCUCAAUCCGUAACUGACUAUAAUUAACAUGCAACUAAGGCAAGUUCUGUUUUAUUUCGCGCUUGCCUCCAUUUGUGCCUAUUCAUAUGGAGCGGUGGUGGAUGAUGAACCGGAGGAAUUGGAGGGCUAUUAUUGGCGACACUAUACCGACCACGUGCCGAAAGAUGCGCUGCCCGGAGGAAGAGAUAUAAGAGGCGAAACGACCUACAUCGGCCAAGCUCUAUAUAGAGGUAUUUUGAUACCGGGCCAGUUUAUUGUAGGUGAUAGGAAGCUGUACUACGAAUGGGGUGACGCGGAACGUGAGACCAGCGAUAACAUUAAGAUCUUAUGCACCAAACAUCCCGAACAAUUUGAAUGGAUUCGAACCACCACCGAAGAGGUUGGUAAAAUUCCGAACAAGAACUUCAUUUUGGGCGGUUUCGAGUCGGACUUCACCGUGUACAUUGGAAGGGUCGCGAUUGAAAACACGCUGGCCAUCGGAAAAAUUAUUUUCAGCACCCACGAGUCGUCAAGUGUCGGUUUUCACACCACUUGUCGACAAAACGCUUCAUUCGUCCGAGCGCAACAAUUUGAGGUGUUGAAUUAUGAGCCUACUAUACCGCCGCCGAUAAACAUGGAGGAGAAGGCCAAGGGCGACGCAACGCACACAAGUAGAAUUGACUUGUUCUUCUUUGGCACACUGCUCGCAGUUGUCGUGUUCUUGUGUCAAUGAUGAAAGCUUAUUGUUUAUUUUUCCUAAUCUGUUAUAAAAUGACACAAUGCUCAUGACUCCUUAAAUUGAUGAAUCCUAUAACUGACCUCUUACCAUUAAGACUUAAUCUGUUUUGUAAAUUAAUAAAAGUUUAUUGGAAUCUUAAAGUGGGGCAAGCACUCA